UUGAAUCCAUUUAAGUUUUGAAUACCACACCACAAUUAUUUUAACGUAGACAAUAUUGAAAUACAAAUCGUAUUAAGUUAAAUGUGAUUUUAAACAACUCCAGGUAUCAGUAAAUGCGACACAGCGAUAAACUUUGUGAACGUUUAUCUUAAGCGGAAGUAAAUUGGUUUAUUUUAGUGGGAAUACCAUGUAACUAGGUAGUAUAAACAACGAGCGUUGCUAUUAUUGAUAUGAGGGAUAUUUCUCUUCGUCUUUAUAGGAGAAUGAUCAUAUAACUGGAAAUCACGACAAAGCAACGUUGUUGAAGUCAUGCCGCCGAAGAAAGCGAGUGCAAAACCAGCACAGAAAGUAAAGGAAAGCGGAGGUACAAAGAAAUCCACAGGCCCGUCAAUGAAAGAUGUGGACAAACUACAAAAAGAGAAUGAAAGCUUGCGGACAGAGCUGCAAGUCGCUUCUGGACAAGUGGCCUACCUGAGGGAAAACUUGGACCCGUCAGCUUUCGAAAAAGCAGCUGGAAUAACACCGCAAGAUGGAAACCAUCUGUACCAGGAUGCCAUGAGAAAAGCUGAAAAAAUAAUAAAUGAACAAAAACAUGAGCUGGAAGAGUUGAAGAGAAACAAACAGAGUCAGGAAAAAGAGAUGGCUGGGAAAAAAGGAAACGAAAAGGACGGUUCAAAAGACGGGGAAAAUGCUACAUUGACAGCAGAAAUAGAAAACUUAAAAGAACAAAUUAAAGAACUAACGACACAAUUGUCAGACGCAAAAAGAAAUAACAGGCCUGUCAAAGGUACUGCACCAGCUGUACCAGUUUCUUCUGAUGAAAUCAAACGGCUCAAAGACGAAAACGAAAAAAUAACAAAAGACGCGAAAUUGGAUUUGGAACAGACGAAACAAAAACUUAGCAUUUCACUGGACGAAGGAAAGAGGUUAAAUGAACUCAAACGGCUCAAAGACGAAAACGAAAAAAUAACAAAAGACGCGAAGAAACGAGUUGACGAAAAUCACGCUAAAGCCGAUCGAAAUAAUACAAAUGCCAGUCAAUCUUCAUCAUCAGAAAGUGAGAAAAACAACGGCGCACAAGCAAAAUCUACUUGGGAAAGGAAAUAUGAUGAAACGUUAAAGAAACACCAAGCAGAGAUGGAUAAAUUACAAAAAGAAAAUGAUGCAACUCUGGACAAAAAAGAUAAGAAGUAUGACGAAAUGUUAAAGAAACACCAUGAAGAGAUGGAGAAAUUACGAAAAGAAAAUGAUGCAACUCUGGACAAAAGAGAUAAGAAAUAUGACGAAAUGUUAAAGAAACACCAAGAAGAGAUGGAGAAAUUACGAAAAGAAAAUGAUGCAAAUAUGGACAAAAAAGAUAAGGCGAAAGAGACCCUUCCAAAGCAGCUGGCAGAAGUGCAGGAAGAGAACAAAGACAUCCUCCGAAAGAAAGAAGGUGAAAUCAGCAAACUGCAAGAUGAGAAGAAAGAUCUUGAGAAGGAAAUCAGCCAACUGAAAACGGAGAAAAAAGUUCAAGAAAAAAUGAAAGCGAGUCCACCCCAAAGAGAUCAAACACACAAUGAAGGCAAUGAGGAAUUCCGGAAGAAACUGAAAGAUGCCCAAGAAGAGAUAACAGAGCUUAGAAACAGACUAAGUAAGGUUGUAGGUGCUAAACUAUCCGAUGAUAAUCCAAACAUCACCGACCUAAGUGAUGAAAACAGGCCGACAAAACUUGCAGAGAAAUAUUCCGAACUGUAUGACAACGAAUGGACAGACGCAUAUGAAGAUGCGGAGAAGGAAGGACUGAAUGAACAGAAAUCGAUUGAAAAACUGUUAAAAAUACUAAUGGGUGUCGACGGCGAAUGCAGAUCAAUGGCCAACGACUUUAAAAACAAUAUAAAAAGAGCAGCAUUGAGUUUAAGUAAAAACGGUAGCAACAUGAUAGAAACAAAGGUUGACGUCACACGCAACAAGCUAUUAAAAGAAAUGCAGAAAAGCUUUGCACCACUUCUCGUUGAUGAUGUUUACAAGAACCUGGUCAAUAAAAGUAAGCCAAAGCUUCCAAAGAACACAGAGCGCUUUUACAGAAGUUGCGUGGAACUGUGUUGGUUAAUGAGUGUCCAGGAUCCGCCCGUUGUUUUUGACACACCGAAGACAGGCGGGAAGUUUGACUCGGACAGAUAUAGAACGUACACGAAGACGGGAAAACAUCUGGAUUAUGUUGUUUGGCCUCCUAUGUUGCUUCACGCAGGUGGUCCUUUGUUGGCCAAGGGUGUUGCACAAGGCAAAUAGAGUGGAAGAAACUGACUGUACCUUAACAGUUCUAAUUUGUGCUUUAUAUAAUCUAUUGUAGAUGAAGUGGAUAUACUGGACACAGUACAUAAAAAUAAUUAUAAUAAAAGCCAACAAUCAAUGUCUACGGUAUUGACAAUAAUACAUGUACUGGAAAUAAAAUUUGAAAACAA